GCUAACUUUCAGAAUAUGAUUACUGAAGCGGCACAAAAAUGGAUGGUGGAAUUCUUGUGGUUUCAGGUCCAGAUGGACCCAUGCCACAGACAAAAGAACAUAUCCUACUUGCACGCCAGGUUGGUGUUCCCUCACUUGUGUGCUUCUUGAACAAAGUUGAUGUGGUGGAUGAUCCUGAGCUGUUGGAGCUUGUCGAGACGGAACUACGAGAACUCCUCAGCUUCUACAAUUUUCCUGGGGAUGAUAUUCCCAUCAUCCGAGGAUCUGCUCUGUCCGCAUUACCGGGCACCAAGGAUGAAAUUGGAAGGCAAGGGCUUCCACUGAAAUCGACUGUAACUUGGGUUGAGAUGUUCAAGAAGAUUUUGGAUAAUGGACAGGCUGGUGACAAUAUAGGACUUCUCCUGCGGGGGCUAAAGAGAGAAGACAUUCAGCGUGGAAUGUGUUUUAUUAUUUCGGAUUGGCAAGGUGUUGAUAAGAUUUUCUCACCACCGCAUACACACUACACAGCUUCCGUCCGAGCUAGCUGCAAUUCAAGCUGGUCAUUGUCCCUAUCUUAUGUCCUUGCUUUAUCCAAUGAACUAGGAAGCCAGGCACACAGAGACUUGGCAAAAGGGGCUGUUAGAAAAUCCCUUGUGCUGCUGAAAAACGGGAACAAAACCAAUCCUAUGCUCCCACUUCCCAGGAACACUUCAAACUUUUUAUUUCGCAGUGAUCUGCACUUAUUUAGAACAUUCCUACAAGAUUCACCGCAGUUUGGGAAAUAUGGAGAGAUCACUGAUUUUGUGGUUAUGAAGGAUAGGAAAACGGGACAGCCCCAAGGAUUUGGGUUUGUGACAUAUGCUGAUUCCUCGGUGGUCGACAAAGUUAUCCAAGACAACCACUUUAUAAUUGGGAAGCAGGCUAGAUUGAGCUGUGCCUUACAUCUUAAGUGUGUUAGUUGUGUUGUGCCUUACAAUGGGAUAACAUUCACUUUUUGUAUGGCUCUUCAGGUUGAAAUUAAGCGGCCGAUAACAAGAGGAUCCAUGAGCUCUAACGAUUUCAAAACCAAGAAGGUAUUUGUUGGUGGAAUUCCUUCUUCUGUGGAUGAUGAUGAGUUCAAAGAAUUCUUUAUGCAAUUUGGAGAGCUGAAAGAACAUCAGAUUAUGCGUGAUCAUUCAAUUGGAAGAUCACGUGGCUUUAGGGACUCAGGUAGAGAUAAAGAAGGCAGAGCCAAAAAGCCAAACUCAGUUACAACCCCGACAAAGCGGUUCGGUGAUUCUCACUCUAACUUUGGUGGUGGUUAUGGUGGCGGCCACGGUGUUUCUUCCAACCAGAUUCUGAACCAAGAGUCUCAGGAAUUCAUGGGCACCAGGAAACCAGGUCCUCUUAUUUUAUCUGGAAUGGUGAGAAGCAGCAUGCAAAUACUUAUCACAGGGUAUCUUAAAGGUACCCUUAAGUUUAAGUUUAGCCUCACUGCUUCAGUUGUUAACUUUCAGAAUAUGAUUACUGGAGCGGCACAAUUAAUGGAUGGUAGAAUUCUUGUGGUUUCAGGUCCAGAUGGACCCAUGCCACAGACAAAAGAACAUAUCCUACUUGCACGCCAGGUUGGUGUUUCCUCACUUGUGUGCUUCUUAAACAAAGUUGGUGUGGUGGAUGAUCCUGAGCUUUUGGAGCUAGUCGAGAUGGAACUACGAGGCACCAAUGAUGAAAUUGGAAGGCAAGCUAUAUUAAAGCUAAUGGAUGCUGUUGAUGAAUACAUACCUGACCCUGUUCGCGUGCUUGACAAGGCUUUCUUGAUGCCAAUUGAAGAUGUUUUCUCAAUUCAAGGACGUGGAACUGUUGCAAGCGGUCGUAUUGAACAGGGAACCAUUAAAGUGGGUGAAGAAGUUGAGAUAUUGGGUUUACGUGAGGGGCCUUCACUGAAAUCAACUGUAACUGGGGUUGAGAUGUUCAAGAAGAUUUUGGAUAAUGGACAGGCUGGUGACAAUGUAGGACUUCUUCUGCGGGGGCUAAAGAGAGAAGACAUUCAGCGUGGAAUGGUGAUUGCUAAGCCUGGUUCAUGCAAGACAUACAAGAAGUUUGAAGCAGAGAUUUACGGUUUUGUUAUUUCGGAUUGGCAAGGUGUUGAUAAGAUUUUCUCACCACCGCAUACACACUACACAGCUUCCGUCCGAGCUAGCUGCAAUUCAAGCUGGUCAUUGUCCCUAUCUUAUGUCCUUGCUUUAUCCAAUGAACUAGGAAGCCAGGCACACAGAGACUUGGCAAAAGGGGCUGUUAGAAAAUCCCUUGUGCUGCUGAAAAACGGGAACAAAACCAAUCCUAUGCUCCCACUUCCCAGGAACACUUCAAACUUUUUAUUUCGCAGUGAUCUGCACUUAUUUAGAACAUUCCUACAAGAUUCACCGCAGUAUAUUCCGAGAUUCAUGAGGUUUAUGCCGGUAACAUCAGAAUUGAAGAAAACUACAGGAGAUUUUGCUGAAGGAGCUUGGGCUGGUGCUGCCCAUUAUCUCCUCUGGUAUAUGCUUGCAAGCCACAUAACUGGAGCAUUCUGGUACAUGUUGUCAGUGGAACGUAACGAUACUUGUUGGAGAUUUGCGUGUAAGUUCAGCCAGAUCCGAGAUGAUUCAAAGUUUAACUUUGGGAUAUACGGUCAAGCUAUAUCUUCAAAAAAAUUCUCCAAGUUCUGUUAUUAUAUAUGGUGGAGUCUUCAAAAUCUCAGGUCAAGGGCUGCAAACAAGUACAUUUCCAGGAGAGGUUUUGUUUUCCAGCGCAUUAGGUCAAGGGUUUCUUCUUUCGCGCUUUUACUCGGGAAUAUGCAGACUUAUCUUCAGUCACUUACUGUUCGUCUCGAGGAAAUGAGGAUCAAAAGAAGUGACUCGGAAUAAUGGAUGCAUCACAGGUCACUUCCACAAAAUUUGAGGGAAAGAGUCAAACGCUAUGAUCAAUAAAAUGGUUAGAGACAA